GCUAGUGAUCCAUGAGCCUCAGACUUCCGGUAUGCACACGUCGGCCGUUGUUUUGAAUAAAUGUUUCUCAGCUGAUUUUGCAGCAGGACCAUGGAAGAAGAGGCAAGCACUGUUUUUUCCUCGCGGUCCGAGAGAAAAGCACUAGAAAAGGCAAAAAUACUACAACGAGAAAGGGAACGGACGAUUUUCAAAUUGGUAGGAAAGGUCUUGAAGAAGCCCGAAGCGGAGCGGUCAGAAGAGGAGGCCGCGGUGCUGGAGCUGCACCGGGACACGGUGGAGGAACUGUGUAAGAGGGAGAUCCGCAGGAACGUGCUCAAGAGGAAGCAGGAGGAGGUUUUUGAUGAUGCUGAUGAGUUGAAAUCCAAAGUGAGGCAGCUGGCUUUUGCUGUUAAACAAGCAAAAAACCUGGUUGUUUACACCGGCGCUGGCAUAAGCACAGCUGCCUCUAUCCCAGACUACAGGGGUCCAAAUGGGGUUUGGACACAGCUGCAGAAAGGGCGGAGUAUCAGUUCAUCUGAUCUUAGCAAAGCAGAGCCGACAUACACACAUAUGUGCAUUAAAACAAUGCAUAAGGAAAAGCUGGUUACACAUGUUGUGUCACAAAAUUGUGAUGGACUUCAUGUGCGUAGCGGUCUCCCAAGACAAGCCUUAUCUGAGCUCCAUGGAAAUAUGUUUAUUGAGGUCUGUACCUCAUGUUCUCCUGUAAGGGAGUAUGUGCGUUUAUUUGACGUUACUGAACGGACUUCACUUCACCGACACAGCACAGGGCGUAAGUGUAGCCACUGCGGAAGUGAACUGAUAGACACUAUUGUGCACUUUGGGGAACGAGGAACGCUGGAACAACCUCUGAACUGGGAAGGAGCAGCACAGGCUGCCAGGAAUGCAGAUCUCAUUCUCUGUUUAGGCUCAAGUCUAAAGGUGCUGAAAAAAUAUCCAUGUUUAUGGUCCAUGAACAAACCUGCAACUAAGCGGCCACAGUUGUACAUUGUCAAUCUUCAGUGGACACCAAAAGAUGAUUUGGCAGUGCUUAAAAUUCAUGCCAAAUGUGAUGACGUUAUGAAACUUCUAAUGGAGGAGCUAAAUAUACAUGUUCCACCCUAUAACAGGACGGAGGAUCCCCAUCUUUACUUGGGCUACGCUUUUACAGCCAGAAGAGGCCAACACUCAUUCUCGUGAAGUCAUUACUCCAUCUGCAGAAGCAAGGAACAUCAGGAAACAUCUCUCUGCUCACUCUGAAGGUCUCCACAGAAACCCCAGCUGUUCAAGGAGGUUGGUUUGGACGAGGUUAUCGCAAAGGAAGAAUGUGGGAAGAAAAAAAAUAUGUAAUUACCCAAUUUGAAUGCGAUAAUGAACCCUUCUUUUCUUGGAGGAUAGGCAAAAUGUGUUAUGCACAUGUAGGUGCUAUUUUAAGUUUACUGAAGAUGCUGGACUCUUUUGUUGUGUGUUAAAGGUCUUAUAUUUGUUACUCCGUUGUAACAACUAAAACACAGUAUACCUCAGGAUUUGGGGUUGUUCUUUGUUUACGAUGUAUAUUACUAAAAUGAUCAUGCAUUAGAUUGUAUGCAGAGUUUACCAAGUAUGUAGAAAGUUUAUUCCAGAGAAAUCCACCCAUUAUUCAAUGAAGGAUUUUCAGUGUCAUAUUAGCGGAAAUUGGGUGAUUAGGCCAAUGCUUAAUUUAGAUUUAGAACAUCAUUAAACAGACGCUGAUUAAGGCUUCUUUUUCAAGGUUUUCUUUACUUAAAUGAUGCAUAAUUGGAUUUUUUUUUUCUCUUUUGUAUGUUUGCACUGUUGAAAUUAUAUUUUCCAUAAUGAUCUUUUGCUUUUAACAUUAUUUAAUCUUUAAUUGCUGCUGAUGCUAGCUAAGUCCAUUGUUACUUUACUCAGGUCAAGACCUAGUUUACCUGUUUAUUGUUUACAUUUUUAUCUCAACUUUGUUGCUAAUAAGGCAGAAUUAGGUGUGCUCACUCCUGAAUGACUUGUGUUGUUUGUUUUCUAAUCGUGUAAUACACAUACUUGGGGGGAUCACCAAACUGAUGUAUUUACUAUCUCAGGAAGAUUCUGUAUUAUGUGUCCUAUUCAGGUGCUUUGAGCCUUCAGAUAUUAAGGCUUUACUGAAAAACCAGCAUGUGUGAAAACGCUAGUUCAAUGCUGGAAAUGUGGCACCACGGUUUUGAUAUUAAAAUAAGGUUGAAUUUAGUC